GUACCCUACCCCAGCAUGGUCCAGGCCGUGGGGGGCCGCUCCAGAACACAACCACCCACCUUGACUUUGGGGGCAGCCAUGACCCAGCCUCCACCUCCCAAAGCACCAGCCAAGAAGCAUGUGCGGCUGCAGGAGAGGCGGGGCUCCAGUGUGGCUCUGGUGUUGGAUGUGCGGUCUCUGGGUACCGUAGAGCCCAUCUGCUCAGUGAACACGCCCCGAGAGGUCACCCUGCACUUCCUGCGCACAGCUGGACACCCCCUCACCAGCUGGGCCCUGCAGCAUCAGCCUCCCAGCCCCAAACAGCUGGAGGAGGAAUUCUUGAAGAUCCCCUCAAACUUCGUGAGCUCCGAAGACCUGGACAUCCCUGGCCAUGCCUCCAAGGACCGCUACAAGACCAUCUUGCCAAACCCCCAGAGCCGUGUCUGUCUUGGCCGGGCACAGAGCCAGGAGGACGGAGACUAUAUCAAUGCCAACUACAUCCGGGGCUAUGAUGGGCAGGAAAAGGCCUACAUCGCCACGCAGGGCCCGAUGCCCAACACCGUGGCGGACUUCUGGGAGAUGGUGUGGCAGGAAGAAGUGCGUCUCAUCAUCAUGCUCACUCAGCUCUGCGAGGGCAAAGAGAAAUGUGUCCACUAUUGGCCCACACAAGAGGAAAACUAUGGGCCCUUUCAGAUUCGCAUCCAAGACCUGAAUGAGCACCCAGAGUACACUGUGCGGCGGCUGGUCAUCCAGCACCAGGAGGAGCAGCGGCCAGUGAAGCACGUCCUCUUCUCAGCCUGGCCUGACCAUCAGACCCCAGAAUCAGCGGGGCCCCUGCUGCGCCUGGUGGCCGAGGUGGAAGAAGACCCAGAGUCCGCGGCCAGCGCUGGGCCCAUUGUGGUCCACUGCAGUGCAGGGAUUGGUCGGACGGGCUGCUUCAUCGCCAUUCGCAUUGGCUGCCAACAGCUGAAGGCCCGAGGGGAAGUGGACAUUCUGGGCAUCGUGUGCCAACUGCGCCUGGACAGGGGAGGAAUGAUCCAAACGGCGGAGCAGUACCAGUUCCUGCACCACACCUUGGCCCUGUAUGCAUCCCAGCUUCCCCAGGAGCCCAAGCCCUGACCCUUGCUCCUGCACAGGCCCAGGUGCCACCCUCCCCUCAUCUGGGAUGGGGGUCUGGGGAAUGGGCUGCGUGCACCACUGCAUGGGUGUUUCACUAGCAAAGACUUAUAGUCCUGGGAAGCUGCCUCCAAAAGGACAAAGGGCAAGCCCCCCUCCCGCCCAAUCUUUACCUCGACCAUUCCUCGGCCUCCUCUGUGGCCCCAGAUGGAUGGCAGGGGAACUGGAGCAUCCUGUGUCCCGGCAGAUAGGAGCAGGCCCAUGGGCCAGGCUGAGGCGCAGGUCUGUGCACGGACAGGAAGUGCUUGGCUGCAGGAAUGGAAGCCAGGUGUUGCCCCUGGGCCCAGAGCUUGGCUGGGUGCAGGCCAGAUGCCACAGCUGGGGAAAGUCGGUGUGACCUCCACCAGCCUCUCCACAUCCUAGCACCGACUGCUCUGCUCCAUGCUUCUGGGAGUGCUGAGUGAUUCCCCCAAAGGGAGCAAGCACCGGAGUGGCUCUGCUUCCAUACAUACUUCCUAGGAAGAUUACAGAUACAGCCAGGCCUGGAGGCUGAAAUCUCUGGAGGAAGGAAGUGUGAAGGCCAUUCGGCGGCCUAGAAGGGCUUUCCUGCCCCCCUAAAGUCCCUGCCCCACCCCCACCCCAGCCCGGCUGCUCUCCAGGGAGCGCCAGUGUGCCCUGCUUUGCUUCCAUGAGCCCAGGAAAUAGCAUGGGUACCCAAAAAGUGCUCCUGGGGAGAGCAGAAGAGAAAAAGAGCUCCCCCCCCCCCCGCCAUGCCCCCGCAUCUGGUUUUCAGAAAGCCUUGUCCCCACCCCCUUGCCCUGCAUCUGCACAACACACCUGGACAGCCUGGCUCGGUCCAGAAAGGCUGGGUUCUGACAACUCCAUGAAGACAAUCCAACUGCUCAGACUGAACUGCAGGCCUCACACCGUCUUCGGAGAACCAGCACCCCCUCCUCCAUCUCCGUAUCAAUUCCCAGGGAGCCUCAGAUCCAUCUCAGGACUGACCUAACACCCCAGGAAGACAGCCAGACCCUGAGCCCCCCGGCCCCCUGCCCUCCCACCCGCCCUGUCUCAAGGCAGGCUGCCUCUGGGGACACACGUGCCAUUCCUGCUAACCCUGAGCCUCAGCAGCUCCCAGUGGAAACUGCAAAAGCAGCUGGCCUCCCUCUUCCUGUCAUCGCUCUGAAGAACAUGACGUACUGGCCAGGCACAGGUGGCUCACUCCUGUAACCCUUGAGUAGUACUCAAGAGGUUGAGAUCUGAAGAUCCCAA